AUGUGCGCGCAGAUAGUACAAGAGGAGCAGGCGGAGCCGGAGGAGGAGGAGGUUGACGUGGGACAGGGACGAACCAUGUGUCAAGCCUCCGGGGACACGACGAAGGCCGCUGAGAUCAGGGUCCACGUGACAUGGGCAGCCUGGCUCCAAGGAGAGAAGAGGUUGGACGAGAUUGGGCCGGUGAAGCUGGUGGCAUUCGAUGCCCGAGAGCAGAAGUGGGGUGCUGUGAGGGACACCUGGGGGCGCGAGGCCUGCGAGGACAAGCUGGACUCGGCCAACAUGGCGCGCGUCCUCAACGAGACCAAGGUCAAGUUCAACUUCCGCGUCAAAGUCCACCAGACAUUGGGCGGAAAGCUCAGGACCAGCGCUGCUCGCGACUGGCACUUCGCGCUCUUGACAUGUGGGGACGUGGAACAGGCGCCCCUCUUGGUGACCUUGGAAGCAACCAAGGGCGCGUUGAACAUGUUUGCGGCCAACUCCAACUUUGACUCCACCAGCUGUCCGGUGCCACAGCUGCCUUGGUUUGCCGUGGCGCGCGACGACGCAGGGUUCUGGGUCCUCCUGGUGCUGGCCCUGUUUACGGGUUGCAGCUCGGUCCUGGCAGUUGUCCUGUGCCGCCACUUCCGCGCCAAGGGACGCAAGGGCGAGGCGAGCAGCCUGCAUGACCUCACGACGCUGCAUGACCUCCCGCCGCCGGCGCUCAGUGGCGCGCAGGCCGUCAUCGGCAGGCCGCCGCUGCCCGCCCCAGAAGUGCAAAUCGUAGAUCCCAACAACGAGGAGGUUCGUCUCGGCGUGUUUUUCACAGGAGGUCCAGACAUGGUUUCCAUGGCCAUCGCGCGCGGCCUCUAUGCUGCACUCCUGGUGGCAUCCGCCUCCGCCCAGACAAGCUUCACCAAGGCGCAGCUGGAGGCCAACAUCACUCUGACCCCUGACAGCGCCUGGCACCUCGGUGGGUUCUGCUUCGGUCAAGCCUCCGGGGACACGACGAAGGCCGCUGAGAUCAGGGUCCACGUGACAUGGGCAGCCUGGUUGGACGAGAUUGGGCCGGUGAAGCUGGUGGCCUUCGAUGCCCGAGAGCAGAAGUGGGGUGCUGUGAGGGACACCUGGGGGCGCGAGGCCUGCGAGGACAAGCUGGACUCAGCCAACAUGGCGCGCGUCCUCAACGAGACCAAGGUCAAGUUCAACUUCCGUGUCAAAGUCCACCAGACCUUGGGCGGCCCCAAGACCAGCGCUGCUCGCGACUGGCACUUCGCGCUCCUGACCUGUGGGGACGUGGAGCAGGCACCCCUCUUGGUGACCCUGGAAGCGACCAAGGGCGCGUUGAACAUGUUCGCGGCCAACUCCAACUUUGACUCCACCAGCUGUCCGGUGCCACAGCUGCCUUGGUUUGCCGUGGCGCGCGACGAUGCAGGGUUUUGGGUCCUCCUGGUGCUGGCCCUGUUUACGGGUUGCAGCUCGGUCCUGGCAGUUGUCCUGUGCCGCCACUUCCGCGCCAAGGGACGCAAGGGCGAGGCCAGCAGCCUGCAUGACCUCACGACGCUGCAUGACCUCCCGCCGCCGGCGCUCAGUGGCGCGCAGGCCGUCAUCGGCAGGCCGUGUGCACCAACCACCGAGGAGAAGAUCGUGGCCGGCCAGGUCAGUGCCAACCCUCAACAAGACUCGAGCGAGACGGCACCUGAGCGGAGCUCGACGGAAACUCCGGAGAGCUGUGUAUAG